AUGGCAAAGGAAACAAUACCACAAGAUUUAUAUGAUGAUUUGACAGCAUAUGCUAACUUAAUGGAUAUAGCUUAUUGUAUAUCACCAAUUUCCAAAAUUGAAUCACCAUUUCAAUGUAAUAAUAAUUGUUCUUCAUUUCCAAAUAUGCAAAUUGUUCAACAAUGGACUUCAGAUGAUUUUAAUCUUGGUCCAUUUAUACCCAUAGAUUAUACUAUGCCUUAUAAUUUCAAAACUACAGGUUAUAUCGCAAUUGAUCAUGAAAUGAAAAUCAUUGUCUUAGGGUUAAGAGGUACAAGAUCUUUUAAGGAUACAUUGAUUGAUAUAAAUUCAGAUAUGAUUAAUAUUUAUGAUGUUUGUAUUGGUUGUAAAAUCCAUAGAGGUUUUUAUAAAUCAUUUGGAAAAACUUGGGAUAAUAUUGGUUAUAAUUUGAAAACUUUAAUUCAAGGUAAUCCAGGUUAUAGAAUUAUAAUUAAUGGUCAUUCAUUAGGUGGUGUUAUUGGAAUCUUAUUAGGUGUUGAAAUUCUCAAGUUUGAAGAUAAUUUACUUUGUAUUACAAUGGGUCAACCAAUGAUUGGUAAUAAAUUUUUAGCAAGUUUUAUUAAUCAAGUAUUUAACUUAGAUGAAAACAAAUUCAUACCUGAACAUCAGGGUGCAAAAUUAAUUAGAGUUACACAUAAAAAUGAUCCAAUUGUGAAAUUACCAUUAAAUAAUGAUGGAUUUUAUAUCAAAAAUGAAUAUAAACAUUGUUCAAAUGAAAUUUUUAUAAAUGAAGAACAAAAUUUUGGUAAUUUACCAUCAAGAGAAAAUAUUUGGUUUUGUCAAGGUUGGAAUGAUUUAGAUUGUUCUUAUGGUAUGUCUUUAACUAAUGAUAAUUCUGAACAUUUAAAUUAUUUUAGAACAAUGGGGAAAUGUGGAAUAUGA